GAUGUCACCUGCGAGUUGGUAACCUACGAGCGGCUGUGAAGGAAACUGUUUAACCGGAUCCCAUUGUACCCAGAGCGCAGAGCCGCCUUACCAGCAUGCAGGGGCUGCUCAGGUGAGGGGACGCGCCGCCUCGCCCACUGCGCUCAUUCAUUAAGCUGCACCGCGCGGGGGCGCGGGGGUGGGUGUGCUCUGGGGGCCGGACGCUGGGUCUGCGGCGUGCCCUCCUGCUGCCUCCCGGUAGCUAUCGGGCAGUAGAGUUUAGUCACAUCAAGAAAUAGAACAGAUUCAGCCAUGGCCCCAAGGAAGAGAGGCGGACGGGGUAUUUCGUUCAUCUUUUGCUGUUUCCGAAACAAUGAUCACCCAGAAAUCACGUACCGGCUGAGAAACGAUAGCAACUUUGCACUGCAGACCAUGGAGCCGGCGCUGCCCAUGCCCCCCGGGGAAGAGCUGGACGUCAUGUUCAGUGAGCUGGUGGAUGAACUUGACCUCACAGAUAAACACAGGGAAGCCAUGUUUGCACUUCCAGCCGAGAAAAAGUGGCAAAUAUACUGCAGCAAGAAAAAGGACCAAGAAGAAAACAAGGGAGCUACAAGUUGGCCCGAGUUCUACAUCGAUCAGCUUAAUUCCAUGGCGGCUAGAAAAUCUCUGCUGGCUUUAGAGAAGGAAGAAGAAGAAGAGAGAAGUAAAACUAUAGAGAGCUUGAAGACGGCACUAAGGACGAAGCCGAUGAGGUUUGUAACCAGAUUUAUCGACUUGGAUGGCCUGUCAUGUAUUCUCAACUUUCUGAAGACCAUGGAUUACGAGACCUCAGAGUCUCGGAUACAUACCUCUCUCAUCGGAUGCAUAAAGGCGCUAAUGAACAACUCUCAAGGCCGGGCUCAUGUCCUGGCUCAUUCUGAGAGUAUCAAUGUCAUUGCUCAGAGUCUGAGCACGGAGAACAUUAAGACAAAGGUGGCCGUGCUGGAGAUCCUGGGCGCCGUGUGCCUGGUUCCUGGGGGCCACAAGCAGGUGCUGCAGGCCAUGCUGCACUACCAGAAGUUCGCCAGUGAGAGGACCCGCUUCCAGACAUUAAUUAAUGACUUGGAUAAGAGCACCGGGCGGUAUCGAGAUGAAGUGAGCCUCAAGACGGCCAUCAUGUCCUUCAUCAACGCGGUGCUGAGCCAAGGCGCAGGCGUGGAGAGCUUGGACUUCCGACUUCAUCUUCGCUAUGAAUUUCUGAUGUUAGGAAUUCAACCUGUAAUAGACAAAUUGAGGGAACAUGAGAAUUCAACCUUAGAUAGACAUUUAGACUUUUUUGAAAUGCUCCGAAAUGAAGAUGAGCUAGAAUUUGCCAAAAGAUUUGAACUGGUUCACAUAGACACAAAAAGUGCAACUCAGAUGUUUGAGCUGACCAGGAAGAGGCUGACUCACAGUGAAGCCUACCCUCACUUCAUGUCCAUCCUGCACCACUGCCUCCAGAUGCCUUACAAGAGAAGCGGCAACACUGUUCAGUACUGGCUACUGCUAGACAGAAUCAUACAGCAGAUAGUUAUCCAGAAUGACAAAGGGCAAGACCCCGACUCCACACCUUUGGAAAACUUUAAUAUUAAGAACGUCGUUCGGAUGCUGGUUAAUGAAAACGAAGUUAAGCAGUGGAAAGAACAAGCAGAAAAAAUGAGAAAAGAGCACAGCGAGCUGCAGCAGAAGCUGGAGAAGAAGGAGCGCGAGUGUGACGCCAAGACGCAGGAGAAGGAGGAGAUGGUGCAGACCCUGAACAAGAUGAAAGAGAAGCUGGAGAAGGAGAGUGCUGAGCACAAGCACGCCAAGCAGCAGGUGGCGGAGCUCGCGGCCCAGCUGCAGGAGCUCAGCCGGAGGGCCAUCUGUGCUUCAGUCCCAGGGGGACCCUCACCUGGAGCCCCAGGGGGGCCCUUUCCUUCCUCUGUCCCUGGGUCUCUCCUUCCUCCCCCACCGCCUCCUCUUCUCCCAGGUGGGGUGCUUCCUCCCCCUCCACCACCCCUGCCCCCAGGGGGCCCUCCUCCCCCCCCAGGGCCCCCUCCUUUGGGAGGACUCAUGCCACCACCUGGGGCUCCACUGGGUCUGGCACUCAAGAAGAAAAACAUUCCUCAGCCCACAAAUGCCCUGAAAUCCUUCAACUGGGCCAAGCUGUCCGAGAACAAACUGGAAGGAACCGUAUGGACCGAAAUCGAUGAUUCAAAAGUCUUCAAAAUUCUAGAUCUUGAAGACCUGGAAAGGACUUUCUCUGCCUACCAAAGACAGCAGAAAGAAGCAGAUGCCAUUGAUGACACGCUGAGUUCCAAACACAAAGUCAAAGAGCUGUCGGUGAUUGACGGUCGCAGAGCUCAGAAUUGCAACAUUCUUCUCUCGAGGUUGAAGUUAUCCAAUGAUGAAAUCAAACGGGCAAUUCUGACAAUGGAUGAACAGGAAGAUCUGCCCAAGGACAUGUUGGAACAGCUCUUGAAAUUUGUUCCUGAGAAAUGUGACAUUGACCUGUUAGAAGAACAUAAACAUGAAUUGGAUCGUAUGGCCAAGGCUGAUAGAUUCCUUUUUGAGAUGAGCAGAAUUAAUCAUUAUCAGCAAAGACUGCAGUCACUAUACUUCAAAAAGAAGUUCGCAGAGCGCGUGGCGGAAGUGAAGCCUAAAGUGGAAGCAAUUCGUUCUGGCUCAGAAGAGGUAUUUAAAAGCGGUGCCCUCAAGCAGUUGCUAGAGGUGGUUUUGGCAUUUGGAAAUUAUAUGAAUAAAGGCCAAAGAGGGAAUGCAUAUGGAUUCAAGAUCUCCAGCCUCAAUAAGAUAGCUGACACGAAAUCCAGCAUUGACAAGAACAUUACCCUUCUGCACUAUCUCAUAACUAUUGUGGAAAAUAAAUACCCCAAUGUCCUCAAUCUAAAUGAAGAGUUGCGGGAUAUUCCUCAAGCCGCAAAGGUCAACAUGACUGAGCUGGACAAAGAAAUAAAUACCUUGAGAAGUGGCUUGAAAGCGGUAGAGACAGAGUUGGAAUAUCAGAAGUCUCAGCCCCCACAGCCCGGAGACAAGUUUGUGUCUGUUGUCAGCCAGUUCAUCACAGUAGCCAGCUUCAGUUUCUCUGAUGUUGAAGACCUUCUAGCAGAAGCCAAAGACCUGUUCACUAAAGCAGUGAAGCAUUUUGGGGAAGAGGCUGGCAAAAUACAGCCAGAUGAGUUCUUUGGCAUUUUUGAUCAGUUUCUUCAAGCUGUGUCAGAAGCCAAACAAGAGAAUGAAAACAUGAGAAGGAGAAAGGAAGAGGAAGAGCGUCGAGCGCGCAUGGAAGCUCAGCUCAAAGAACAACGCGAACGGGAACGUAAACUGAGAAAAGCAAAAGAGAACAGUGAAGAAGGCGGAGAGUUCGACGACCUCGUCUCAGCUCUACGCUCAGGGGAAGUGUUUGACAAAGACCUUUCUAAAUUGAAACGGAAUCGCAAACGUAUUACCAACCAGAUGACGGACAGCAGCCGAGAGAGGCCAGUCACGAAACUUAACUUCUGAUUGUCCACAGAUGCUUUUUUAGAAAGCGCAUUAGCAGCCCUUUGAAGUGACUAGAACUUUUCAAUACACUGCCUUGCGAUCCAAACAGUGGCAACCUCUUCCUCCACCUGUGAGCAGGUGUGUGACCGUGUGUAUGUAAAUGUGCGCGUGUGUGUGUAUAUUAAAACCUGUAUAUAAAGUCUGAGUGCUGUCUGGAGACCUACAUGUAUAGUUAAAAGUGUCGUUGCUGUGUGAGCUCAGAACCCUUCGUGUGUGCGUUCACACUGAGUGUGGCUCACGUUCUCUCCCUGAACACCGUGACUGCUCGGAAGCACAACACUCUCUCCUGAGGAGACGACAGAGACAUUCCCUAGAGUAAAAAACAAGAAAAGGAAAAAAAAAAAGAGGCUUGUAGGAUAUUUUGUGGUUUCCAAACUUGGUAUAUUUUCAUCAGUGGAACUGAAGUUGGAAAAAAUAAUAGAUUUAAAGCAGUUUUUAUAGCUGACAAUGUGUCACUGGUGCAGGGCAUCCGUCAUGGACAGGACCACGUAGAGUCUCUGACGCUGGUGUGGGGACACAGUCGGUUAGUGUUUAUUAAGAACAUCUUGCACACAAUGUGAAUUAUUCAGAAUGUCCAUCAGAAUUUUCCUGUGUAUUUAAAACUUGGACAUUAAUUUUUGUCCCCCCUAAUUUCAUCAAGUUCUCUGCCAAGUGCUCUUGAUGACUUCUUUAAAUUGCUUUUGGAAAGAACACUAUUUAUGUACAUGCAAUUCACACUCUUGUUAAAGAACAUGAUUACCAGAAUGUGCUUCUUGUUCUAACAGUAUAGAUAUAUAAACCUUAAAAAUAGAAUAACCCACCCAAGACUUCAACGUAGAAUUCUCUGAAGGGAUAAAGAUCCUUAAAAAAAAUUAUUUUUAAUGGGGUGCCUUUUUUUUUUUUUGCUGUUGUAUUUUCUAUUUUCUGUUUUGUAGUAAACGCUGCAUCUUCUGUAAAUAUAGGUCUGAACCUAACGACACUUAAGAGAAUGCACAAAAUGCCAACAGCAUCAGCAGAUAUGCCCAGAUCUGUUUAUCUCUAAGUGUAUUUGAAGUGGUUUGCUGUUUAUGUAUUGUCAUUUUAAAUUGUAUGUCAGUAAAGCUACCUGUAAAAUUUCAGUCCAAAAAAUAAAGCUCUCAGGGAGAAAUGAAUAAACACAAUGAACAUUAGAAAAUAAAAUAUAGAUGCUUCCCAUUAACCUACCAGCGCUUAAUAUCCUUAAAUUAUAUGCUAUAUAAAGAGGACUGUUACUUUUUUUGUUUUUCUUUGCUUUAUUUAUUUGUAGUUGGGGGAAGUCUAAUGUUUCCUCUUUCCUUUCCAUCAAUCCUGUUGUGGUUGGGUUUCCUGUGGAGAGAGUAGUUUGUCCUGUUGCACUAGAUAAUUUACUCACUAAAUUGAGUUUUUCAAUUAACAAAUAUUUAUUAAGUACCUACUGUGUACCAGGCAUAGUAGGACUACAGUAAGCAAGACAGAGUCCCUCCCCCCAAAAGAGCUUAUGCCGCCAUGGGGAUAUUAGGGAUGAAUAGAAUACCAAUGUGCGUGUUGUACAGGAAUCAUGCUAUUUAAAAAUAAUUUGUAUAAACUAUAAUGCUUAGCGUAGAUGGCGAGGUGUCUGAGCUAAGUGAAAGCUGUGAAAUAGUGCUCUAAGAGUUGUCAAGAGCUGUGGUUUUACUUUUUUUUCCUCAUUGCAAACUUAGCGACUUUCGACACAUUACGUGGAAGUAAAUGACUCCUAGUGAAUAAAACUGUCAGAAAUACAAAGCAGAGGUUGCCCCCCCCCCCAACUCCUAGUUAACCAGCGUCUGCACGUCCGUCACAGCGCAGGGGCAGAUGGAGACUGAGGGGUGAGAGUAGGACAGAUGAUGGUUUUGUCUAUUCCUUAACUAAAGUGCCUCUAUGUAUAUUAUUUUCUACUUAUAGCAGGAAAAAUUUGGUCUGGCUCAAUUUUGAAACUAUUUUAAAAAUGGCUUUGUCUUAAAAAUGUCUGAGGAACAGACAUGUGGAAAGAGAGUCACGUGAAGGCGCAAGUUUGUGUGGCGUGUUCCUCUGGCCCUUUUUAAUCAUCCUGUUCUCGAGGUGGCCGUCCCCGUAGGCUCCUCUGUCAUUCCCAUUCUGGGUUCCUUUCCCCGAAAACUGUGUGCAGGUGAGUCCAUGUGCCAUUGUUGGGAAAAAAAACAAAACAACAAAAAAACUACUUUUAGAUUGGUGCUGGUGUAAGUAGCCACUUUUCUCUCUUGGGUGUGUAUUUUAAAGUUUUGUGUUUGUUUUUUUUUAAUUAAUGCCAAAAAGAAAAAGCAUCAUAAUUUGUAAACUUAAUCAUAUGUCUUGUAUCUUAUUAGUUUAAUAGUUGGAACCGCUCAGUCUUUAGGUGCAAGACUGUUGUUAGAUAGAACCAAGAAAAAAAAAUGUUGUCUGUGUUAUGAGACUGUACAUUUUUUUAAUAGCAAUAAAGAGAAGAAUUCAUUGGGU